GGCCUGGCCCUCGAUGACUUACCUAAGGUACUGCUCGCCCUUUCAGCCGCCUCGGCGGGCGCACUGACCCGGCGCUAACCAACACCAGUCCAGUUCAGUCCUCCUACCAGCGACACCGGUAGUACCUAAACCAGAACCAACCUGGGCUUGCACGAUUUCCUUGCUUCGCUUGUCGGCUACAUUUGCAAUUGUGCGUGCUUCAUAUUUUCUCUGCCGUUUUCUACCAUCGCAAAGCCUUCAUUUAUCGCACCUGUUCGCCUUGUCUGACCACCGCAAUGGCAGCGCCCGAGACAGCCAUGGCGUCGGCAACCGCAGGUCGACGUUCACCACCACCACCGCCCUCGUCCGCCCUUUCGAAACGAGACCGCAAGCGCCAGCAGCUGAUGGACCGUCUGGCUGCGACAGAUGAGCAGUUCCAGCGCGAGAAGAACCUCACGUACCGUGACCAGCUCCAGCGCAUCCAACUGGACAUCAACCUCGUCCAGAGCUUCGACCCCUACGCUCCGAACGCCCUCGAUGUCAUUGGGGGCGCCCAGAGUGAGCAUGAUCAAGUGCAAAGGGAGCAGGCGCAUGCCGAAGGAGCACGGAGUCUGCUGGACAUGGCCGGCAUCAAGUUCCACACCUUUAUGACCGAGAUGGAGGACUUGAUUGAGAAACGGGACUUUCAACUCACUAGGUCAAAGAAUGAAUACGAUCGCAAAGUCCAAGAAUACAAGAGCGUCCGCGACUACAAGAUCGAGACCGCCAAGCGCGAGCAUCGAGCCUUGACAGGCACACUCCGCGACCGCCUCAUCAACACCCUCACACAGAAGAAGAACCGGCUGAGCCGCGAGAAGGAGGUCCUGGAGAUCAACGACUCGAACGCUCUCCUCCUGAACCCGAAUCAAUUCAGCAUCACGAACCCAGCGAGCCCCGGCGGCACCCACGGCAAGAGAAACACCCGUCUGCGCAAGGACGUGGAGGACCUGAACCUGUUCUCCGACAAGAAGCGAAAGCGCAAUGCCGGCGAUGAUGACGGCUCCCCGGCGCCGACACGACGAGCGCUCGAUGCCAACAAUACGACACCCCUGUGGCAGUCGGAGAAGGCGCGCGUGGCGGCCAAGCAGAACGGACCUCUCUACAGUAUCGACAAGCUGUUCACAGACAAGGAGCUGUCCAUGCACUACAACACCGCUGCUGUCGCUGCGCACCAAUACAUCCUCCGCUCCCGCGCCCAUGGGAACGGUUCCUCGCCAGACGAGAGUGAUUCGGGUAACGGGGACGCCGAGCAUGGCGAGCAGGACAACGAGUCGGCAGCCGCCCCCAUGAUGGAGCGGCAAGUCUCCCACGCGACGAGGAGUACACGCGGAGCGGCGAACCAGAACUUCCUCGACGAUAGGAUUCUCGGGAUUGAGGGCAUCGCCAACCUGGAUGUGGCGAAUCUGGACCUGAUCCACGCACAGGAGCCACCCAAGAUGCCGCCGCCCGUGCCGCAGCAGUAUCUCAAGCCGUACCCACGAUCGUCCGACCAGAACUUCCCCGUGCCCCUGUCCCAGGAAGACGUGCAGUCUGAUCUGGCCAUCAUCGACUGCAUGAAGCGCUACGACAUGCAGAACAACAAGCCAGGCGCUGUCCUGGACGGUGCCAACGGUGUACGUAAGAUCCUGGAGGCUGUCGCCACGCCCUACCGGAAUGGUCGCUACGUCGCCUUCACGCGCGCCCCGAGGGACGACGCCGAGACAUUCCGGGAUGGACUCGGGUUGCGGGAGCAGGCUAGUCCGAUGCCGUACGGUGCGGCCCCCAUGAGUCGUCAAAGCAGCCUAGGCGGUGCGGCUAUGAGCCGUUCGGGCAGCACGCGCGGCCGGGGACGUAGGGCGUGAGCGCCGGCCGACGUACUGUAUGACUUUUGGGCAUGGACGGCGUUUUGGUGGUUUGGGAAUGCGUUGCAUGAAGCGAUGCUGGGCAGGCUUUACGUCGCUGGGGGGCUUUUGAUGAUUUUUCCCUGGGAUUCUUUUGUCACG